AUGGCCUACACUCUGGGCUCAGCCACCGAGGGCCAGACGCUCAGUGUCGGGCCCCAGCGCUGCAUCACCCGGGUGGAGAUGUCCGUCACCGCCGCCAGCCUGCUGGACCGAGAUGUAGCAUCCAAGUCCGACCCCUUCUGUGUUCUCUUCCACGAGGUGGAUGGAAACUGGGUGGAGCUCGGCCGCACUGAAACCGCUGUGAACAACUUGAAUCCAGUUUUCGGAGUGAAGUUUCGGGUGGACUAUCACUUUGAGGAGAUCCAGAAGCUUCGCUUUGCCUUGUUCGACGAAGACAAGUGCGCCACUCAGCUCUACGAACACGACUUCCUCGGAGAAUUCAUUUGUAAUCUCGGACUGAUUGUGUCCAAUAAAAAACUCCACAGACCAUUGAUCUUAGCCAAUGGGAAGCCAGCUGGCAAGGGAUCCAUUACAAUCACAGCCCAGGAGCUGUCUGACAACAGAAUCAUCACUCUGACCCUGAGUGGGCGUAAACUGGAUAAGAAGGACUUUUUCGGGAAGUCAGACCCUUACUUGGAGUUUCACAAACAAGGAGAAGAUGGUAAAUGGAUGUUGGUGCACAGGACGGAGGUCAUAAAGAACACUUUAGACCCAUCGUGGAAACAGUUUACUGUGCCGCUCAUCUCUCUCUGCAAUGGAGAUGUGGACAGAAACAUCAAGGUUCUGUGUUAUGACUACGACAAUGAUGGAGGCCAUGACUUCAUAGGAGAGUUUCAAGCUACGGUUUCCAAGAUGACUGAAGCCCAGAACUCAGUGGAGGUGGAGUUUGACUGCAUAAACCCCAAGAAACAGAAGAAGAAGAAGAAUUAUAAAAACUCUGGAAUGAUCAUUGUCAAGUCAUGUAAGGUUACCAGAGACUACACCUUCCUGGAUUACAUACUGGGAGGAUGCCAGAUCAUGUUCACUGUGGGUAUUGACUUCACCGCAUCCAAUGGGAACCCUCGAGAGCCGUCUUCCCUCCAUUACAUCAACCCGCUGGGCAGCAACGAGUACCUCACUGCCAUUUUAGCUGUGGGACAAAUCAUACAGGACUAUGAUACCGACAAAAUGUUUCCUGCUCUGGGAUUUGGAGCUCAACUCCCACCAGAGUGGAAGGUGUCGCACGAAUUCGCCAUCAACUUCAACCCCACAAACCCCUUCUGUUCAGGUGUGGAGGGCAUUGCGGAGGCCUACUCCACCUGUCUCCCUCACAUCCGGUUCUAUGGCCCUACAAACUUUGCUCCAAUCAUCAGCCAUGUAGCGCGCUUCGCCGCCCAGGCCCUUCAACAGGAGAAAGCAGCGCAGUACUUCACUCUCCUCAUUAUCACAGAUGGUGUCAUCAGCGACAUGGACGAGACGCGUCACGCCAUCGUGCAGGCGUCUAAACUACCAAUGUCCAUUAUCAUAAUCGGCGUGGGCAACGCAGACUUUGCUGCCAUGGAGUUUCUGGAUGGAGACGCCAGCGUGUUGAGGUCCAACUCAGGAGAGGAGGCUGUUCGAGACAUCGUGCAGUUCGUCCCCUUCAGGGAUUUCCGUAAUGCUCCCAAGGAGACUCUGGCCAAGUCGGUUCUGGCCGAGCUGCCUCAGCAGGUCACUCAGUAUUUCAAGCAGCGGAAUCUCCCCCCCAUCAACCCGGCGCCGGAGUGA